GGAAGGUGAGGGGAGGAAGAAGUGAUAGCCUCGGGACAGAUAAGCUCCAGGGAAGGAAAAAAAAAAGGAGGGAGGAAACAAGGGAGGAGUGUGAGGUGGGCAGUUCUCAGAAAGAACAGUGAGUCGCUUCUCUUUCUCUCUCAGACAGAGUUACCGACUGCUGCUCUCUUCUUCUCUCUUCCUGACCGCUCUGAGUUCUCUCUCUCUCUCUCUCUCUCUCUCUCUCUGCCUUUGGCUGACUGGAGGUCUUUGGUUUUGUUUUGUCUGGAUCUGAACAUGGACUCGGGCUGAACGUCUAUACACGCGGCGAGACAUGAGAAGAGACUCUGGAGAUUCAAUGUUUGGCAGUAGCGGCUCUGUUUUAUUGAAGACACAUUUGGCAUGAAACCAGACCGCAUUCGCCUCUCCUUCAUCACCUCCUCCUCCUUCAUCACCCUCCACCUCUCUCCAUUCAGGGACUCUCACCUCAGCUCCACCGCAUUGAUGAGGUAACGUCAAGCAGCACCAGCCUGCACAAACACCUUCCUCAUCUCCCCCUCUCCUCCCCCAAUCCCUUCCAACACAGCCAUGGGACAGAAGAUCUCCAGUGGCAUUAAGUCGGUGGACAGUCGCGGGGAAACUGGCGGCUCCCCAUCCUACCGGCCCUUGGCUCACCGCCGGCAGCACCCGGAACUGAGGGACCCAGAUUUCUCCAAACCCCCCCGACUUGACCUCCUGCUGGACAUGCCAUGUGCUGGAUUGGAGACCCAGCUACGACAUGCAUGGAACCCUGAUGACCGCUCGCUCAACAUCUUCAUCAAAGACGAUGAUAAAAUGACAUUUCACCGCCACCCGGUAGCACAGAGCACAGACUGCAUUCGGGGGCGGGUUGGAUACACAAGGGGCCUCCAUGUGUGGAGGAUCCAUUGGCCUUCCCGGCAGCGUGGCACCCACGCUGUGGUCGGGGUGUCGACCUCAGAAGCUGCUUUACAUUCAGUGGGGUACACAGCGUUGGUGGGGUCAGACUGUGAGUCCUGGGGCUGGGAUCUGGGACGCAACAGGCUCUACCAUGACAGUAAGAAUCGGGCACAUAGCUCCCUGCCAUCUUACCCUUGUUUUCUAGAGCCAGAGGAGUCGUUUACCCUGCCGGACUCUCUGUUAGUUAUUCUGGACAUGGACGAGGGGACAUUGAGUUUCAUGGCUGACGGACAGUAUCUAGGAGUCGCCUUUAGAGGACUGAAAGGAAAGAAGCUGUAUCCCAUCGUCAGUGCUGUGUGGGGUCAUUGUGAGAUAUCCAUGAAGUACAUUAACGGCUUGGAUCCCGAGCCUCUUCCUCUCAUGGACCUGUGUCGGCGUGCGGCCCGUCUUGCGUUAGGUCGGGAGCGUCUGCAGGAGAUCGAGAGCCUCCCUCUGCCCCAGUCCCUGAAAAGUUACCUCCAAUACCAGUGACUGACACCAGCAGAGCACACUGGGAACACAAGGACACACACCAGAACACCUGAAAGUCUGAAGAAAGGAAUGAAAUAAAGAAAGCAGAAAGAAAGAGCGUAGCUGCAUAGCGGAAGCUCUACAAUAGAUGGAUUAAUGAAAGGAUGAUAGUGGAUGAACAGCACCAGCUUCUUUUUGAUCUCCAGCUGCUUUUUCUUUAGUUUGGACUUGAAAUAAAUUAUUGACGAUGGUAUCACAUCAGUGUCUCACUCACCCUGGAAGAAAACCCAUCCUGUGAGGGGCAUGGUGCGGUUUAGAGGGUGACAGAGACAGUGAAAAGACAGACACCCCCACCUAGUGGUGACAGUAAGAACUGCAACGAGAAAGCACACCCAUCUUUCCCUGGAGGCCUUUCUGAUACUCAGUGAUCAUUUCAAUGCUGUUGUAUGCUAAAGUGUGUAUUCAUGGUCUCCUCUGGCACAGGUGACAGGCUACAACAGUAUCUUAGCACUGAGUUUUUGUUCUGUUGACCUCGGCACAAACAAGACCCCACAUCUCACACAGAAUAGAUGAAAACAUGGCUGCAGAGUCAUUUAUCUCCUUACUUCAUGCAGACAUUUAGUCCGAGUAAAGCCCUUUUCAGUCACAACUAAAUGAACAGUACACUGAUAAAUUGAAGAUUGAUGUAAUUCAGAGUUUGUUGUAUAAAACGUUAGUAGUCUAAAUGCAUUGGACAAUAAUGAGACUUUGGAGUGUUAGAAGGAAUGGAACAGAAAUAGUUUUAUGAAGGAAGAAAAAUGUGUCGGUGUGGAUUUAAAAAAUGUUGUCUUCCUUUUAAGUCUCCAUCAGGGACCAUCGUCAGUGAGCAGGAUGCUCAGAAUUAGCUCCCAAUCAUCAAUUUAUUUCAAAUCUUCCUCAAUCCUGAUUGGCGGAGGGAAAAAUAUAAAAAUGACAUUUUUCUAAAUGAGGACCACCCACUUAAAACUACAAAACACACAUAUCACUAUUGUGUUAUAACAAAAACUGUUCUAACUUUGCAUAAAUUAAUUUUCUUUUAGGACCUCAUAAAUGAAAGUAAGAAGCUUAAGUUGAUUUUUUUUUUUGUACGGGCCUUUAAUAAAGAAGCACUACAGCAUUUAAUCCCUUAAUGUGCAUGCGUUAAUCUGCUGCAGCCUUAAUUUGACUGUGAUUAGAUUCAGUUCAAACUUUCACUUUGUGGGAAGUGUUGUGGAAAUGUUGCCAGGUCUUAAAUACUGGUCAGGACUUUAUCAUAACAAGCUGCAUGUGUGGAAAGGGCUUUAUGAAAGAAACAAACAGCUGUGCAACAUUUACUGAGAAGCAUUCCUAACAGGACAUAAGUCAUGUUAAAUGAUGGUGAGGUGUGUGUGUGUGUGUGUGUGUGUGUGUGUGUGUGUGUGUGUGUGUGUGUGUGUGUGUGUGUGUGUGUGUGUGUGUGUGUGUGUGUGUGUGUGUGUGUGUGUGUGUGUGUGUGUGUGUGUGUGUGUGUGUGAGAGAGAGAGCAGUGUGUUGCCAUCACAGUGAAACCAGUGCUAACAUGCUGUGCUAAGAAGAGCCUCACCUGCUGCUGUAGCACCCUGUGUAGCUCACCGGUACCAGACAGUAUCUGUCUGCUUCCCCACAUUUGUCUUAAUGACCACAACAAACAAACAAACAAACAAACACAAACAAACAAACAAACGGAACAGAGCAGAUCAAGUGUCGCUUGAUCUGUAUUAGAGGCUGGAGCAGGGUUUGGGAACAUCUGCCAGGACAGAUGUGUUUCUGGCCCAGAAUAGAAUUGCACACACACACACACACACACACACACACACUGUAGACCAAUCAUGUUUUCUUUCCUAAAAAGGCUUGAGUCACUUUUUUUUACGUCUGAGUUUGUAUCUUACAUUAUAAAUAUUAUUAUUAUUAUUAUUAUUAUUACUGUUGUUGUGAGUGUCUGACGAUGAUGAUGAUGAUGAUGAUGAUGAUGAUGAUGGCAGGAUGAUGAUGAUUAUUUAUCACGAGCUGGUUCUAUGUACAUUUUUUUUAACGAUCAUUGAUGGUUACAUUCAGGUAAACAUGAUACAAAGAUCCUGGUGAUGAAGAGCGAAAUCAAGAGUUGUAUCUUCAAUGCUGCUUUUACCUUGUUAUUAUUUUAUUAUAAUUAUUAUUGUUAUAAUUAUUAUUAUUUGUAAUGGUGGUGUUUUAACCUCCUGUUUUCAUCAGUUAGGAUGGAGAGAGAAGGACCGUUCAGAGAAGUAGUGGAAUGUACUAACAGACGGUGCAGUUGAGAUGAAAUGUGAAUAAAAGCCAAGUGAAUUUGAAAAAUGUC